AAGAAACUGUUAUUUUACAGAUUUUUCCUAAAUGAUUGUGAUCAAAACCUUCAAUAAAGUGAUGCACAAAUAGUUGUGCAGAUUAAAACUGUUACCUUACAGAUGUUUUUAAAUUACUGCCAUCAAACACCUUCAGGAAAGUAAAGGUCACUAAAAGUUCUGCAGACAAACACUGUUGUUUUACAGACUUUUUCUGAAUCAUAACAAACACCUUUAAAAUUAAUAGCACUAAAGGUUCUGCAGAGGAACACUGUACUACUAUGUUUUACAGUUUGUUGGCCUUGUUUGCCAUUUUGCAAAGCCUGACUGGACAGAGGCCGAACAUAUAAUGUCUACCAAAUUCCUUCAUUCUACUUAUAGACACAGAGAAAAUCUGCUUCAGGUACGUUUAUUGACAUCGACAACAUUAACAUUCAAGCAACAUUCAAUUUAAAAAAUGGGCCAAAUUUGUGCCCCCACCAAAUAAAGCACUUUAGUAGAUCAGACAUGAUGGACCAGACGUCACAACAUGAACAACCUGUCAAUCAUUCAAAUUAAGCAGACAAAAUAUGAAAUUGUCAUUCUAACGAUGUAAGACAAGGAAGGAAAACACACAAAUUUAUUGCAUCAGAUUGAAGUUACGAAUGUCCUCUUUUAGAAUAUCAACACCAAAUCUGUUUAUGGUGCCCAGAAGCUGAGAAAUCUGAUCUUAAGUGGGACUUUUGUAUUGCUGAGCCAAGGCUUUUUAUAGGACUUUGCCCCAAACUUCUGUAACUCUGUCUACGUUUUUAAAACACACAUGGUCAAAGUGGGACGGUUUCUGUUUAUGUUCAAGGCCUCAAGGGGGAGACUUCACUGAAAGAAAGGUGCAGAGAUGAGACGUUGCUCAUUUGAAAUACAUCUUCAGCUGAAUUUUGAUACAAAUGCUUUACAAUGUUCUGCUUUAUGUGGCACAUUUCAUUGUCCCAGUCCUGCAUGGUAAAGCAUUGAGAAGCUGGAAGAGUCAACCACAGGGUUGCAGACUCAGCUUGAGAGAAUCCUCCUGCAGACUGUGCGGCCCAGUUAAACUCCAGAUGUCCCAAAGACUUUUCCUUCUAUUGUUACAGUUAAAAAAGGUCUUUAUGCUUCCAUUUAAAAUGUGCAAUUACAGAAAGUAAUUGACUGAUACACAGAAUUCUGAAAUCUGUACAGGCUGCAUGUUUUAUAAGGUGUUCCCACGUACUGCUGAAACUAUGUAAAUUGACCCAUUGUUAAAGGUCCAUGCAAUGGCUGUCAGCAGGACACUUAAGCAUUGCUGGCUAUUAAGAAUGGGUGGGAAUGGGGCAAUCGAGUGUCCAGGCAGCUGUUCACAGGCAGCUAUUAACGCAGGGAGGGGCAGGGGCAAUGGGGCGGGUCAUGAAUUCACAGGCACAUAUAAAAGUGGCCACACUGAGAAAUCUCCUACUACUGCCUCUUGCUUUGUCAAGGCCGGUUGCUUUUGCCUCGCUGUUCAUCGCUUUUUGCGUGGUUGAUCUCUCUUCUUCUCCAGAUGGCUUCUGAUGCGUAAGUACAGUCUGCUUAUCCAUCUAAAACUGUGUGGUAUCUACUGUAGUAGAAAUAGGCCACUUUUUCCUUAAAAAGCUCAUUACUCUUCGUCUAAAUAAUCUUAUUGUAAACAGUUUGUUUUUAGUAUAACCUUUUUGAAGGAUACACAAGUUUAGCAGAUGCUAUUUUACUUGGGUAAAAAGAAGAGAGACAGUUUUUUUUUCUUAUUUUCUAAUUCUUUAAUUUAUAAUGUCUAUUUUUUUCUUUCCUGUUUCUUCUCUCUUUCUCUCUUCCUUCCUUACAGCCAAGCUCGCAACAGGACCUACCUCCUGUGUCCUGUUUGCAAGAAGACUCAGUGGAGUCUUCCUGUUCACCUGAGGAGGUCCUGUAUGAAGGACUCUCCAGGUGUGGCUAUUGAGAGGGUUGUCGAUGCUGCCAAGAAGGAGGCGAAUGAGUUGCUUCGCCGAGGCCGUGUCUGGGAGUACGGCCUCAUCAGGAAGAUCCUGGACAGCCCCGACCCUGUUGGCAGGAUGAUUAAGGAGCUGCAGGACAGGGGGAAUGUUGUGGUCAACGCCCCCCACGAAGACCCAGCCCCCGCCAUUCCAGCCAAUCAACCUGCAGCCCAUGCUCCAUGGACUGCACCAGUUGAGGCUGAGAGUGAGGCUGAGGAUGAGUCUGGGAGUGAGGCUGAGGAUGAGGCUGGCUCUGAAAGCCCCGGGGAACUCUACCAGUGCCCCACGACUGGGAAGAAGACGACUUCACUGAGGGAGAGGAUGUCCAUCUUGGGCUUGUACGACAAGCACUCCAUCGACCAUCCUCUCCUAAGGAGUUUUGCCAAGUAUCUUCAAGUUGACUUGGCCAACGAGAAUUUUAAACAGGAGGUGGAGAACGUUGCUAGGUUCAUGUAUUACAUGGACCCCAAGCGGCCCAGCCUUCUGUUCGUCCGUCAGCGUGAGCGGACUCGAGAGUAUUUCAACAAGCUCUCAGAGGUUGGGCUCUGCAAGCAGACGGUCCAGAACUACAUGAAAAGUGUCAAAAGGUUCUUGAAGUUCCAUGUCGGGAGCACCAGCCUCUGCUUUGAAGACAGAGCUCUUCAUGAGGACUGCAAGAACUACCUCUGGUUCCUGUCCAACAUGCAGGCAGCGGCAUGGAAGCAAGUCAGCAAGGAGGUGACUAGAAGGAGGGUUGAUAUUCUCAGUGAGGGGGGCGUUGCGCUCACACAGUGCGUUGCUGUGUUGGACGCCGCAAAGAGAGAUUUCCUGGCUGUUAUGGGGAAGCUGAGUGGGCCAGGGUGCUUUCUUGGCCACCAGCUGACCCAGGCAGAAGUACAGCUGGCCCUCUAUUACCUAGAGGCCGUUGUGAUUCUGCGGCAUCUUCAGCGGCCUGGAGUGGUCGAGCACAUGACUGUCACUGAAUGGGUGCAGCGAAAGAGGGUUCCUGGACACGGUGGUCAUGUUGUGGUGGGGGUGAAGGAGCAUAAGACCUCCGUAAGACAGGUGGCCACCUUCGCUCUCUCCCAGGAGGAGGAGAUGUGGUUUGAUUUGUACUUCACUGAGGUGCGCCCAGUUAUGCUGGGAAAGAAGAGGAAGCGUACGGAGGAUGAGACUGACGAGUCGGAGGAGAGGUUCUUCAUCUCCUCCACUGGCAGUUCCAUCUAUAACACUUCCAAUGACCUGGAGCGGCUGCACAAAAAGUAUCAGAUGCCGAAGGUGACAAGCCAGAUGGCCAGACGGGCUUUUGAGACGGCCACCGAGAAUAUGACCGAUAUUGAGAAGUCCAUGGUGGCAGACUACCUGACCCACAGUUCAGCCACUGCGGAGAACGUGGUGACGGCUAGUCUGCUUCUUAAGAGGCUCCUCGGUGGUUCCGAUUCUAGUGAGGAGGGAGGAGCCCGCACUGGCAGUGGCUGUUCUCCGCUGGAUGACCAAGCUGCCUAUGACUUGCUUGUCAAGUCCUAUCCAGUGAUGGUCGAUGGAGCUGCGCCCAAGCGCUCGGUGCGUGCAUCGCUGACAGGGGUGCACGAGCGCUACUGUUAUGACCGCUGGCGCGGUGACCAGCUUCAGCGUCGUGUGCAGCAUGUUCUAGAGCACUUUGGCCGGCGGCUCCCGUCUGAAGCCAGAGUGAGAAGCUGGAUUGAGAAGCAGGGAUGGACUGCAAACGUUCCAGAUGCAGCCCUUGUUCUCAGGCAGUGGAAGCCAGCUGGGGGGGUUGACACUGCUUUAGAUAGCAGUGCAGUUAAGAGGCUGACCAGGACCCAGAAAUGGAAGGGUCUUGUCGUAGCCAGUAUUGAAGGGAAGGGCAGGGGGGUUUUAGCCACCAGGCAGUUUGCUUGUGGCGAGGUGGUCUGCGACUACCACGGUAGAGUGGUGUCAAGGCAAGAGGGGCUACGUGUUCAUCAGGCCACGGCAGAGAGAGAAAGUGGGUACCUGUUUUUUUAUAAAGAUAGAGCAGGCCAGGCCAAGUGUGUAGAUGCGCAUGAGGAGGAGUGUCCAUGCCAUCCAGGGAGGGCCACGUUUGGUCGUCUUAUUAACCACUCCUCCGAGAGGGCCAAUCUGAGGCCUAGGCUGUACAGUGUUGAUGGCCUAGAUGUUAUUUUGUUUUUAGCUUUACGGGACAUUAAAGUAAAUGAGGAGCUGUUGUCUGAUUAUGGGGUGAACAGAAAGUCUUCUGCUGGGGAGGGUUUGGAUUUACUCUGGUUAUAGGUUGUGUCAGCUAGCCCUCCUGACAGAACUUUGUGAAUACUGUAUAUAAUGUAAAUAAUGUGUAUAUACACUUUAUCAUACGCAAACUUCACAAGGCUUUGUAACUUCUUCAAAAUCAAAAAUAAAGUGGCUGUUGCUGACA